AUGGAUAUCACGGUCAGAGUGACGCCACUGUCGGCCAUCGUACAAUCUCUUCUUACCACGCCCUCCGCAAACCAUCGUAUUGCCCCACAAGUCUGUUUCCAGGGCGUCGUGACUAAGGAACUUACGAAAACAUCUUCCAUCCAUAAUAUGCGGUCCGAGCUUCUCACGCCGGUUCCCGUCGGCAUUGACGUUGUCGGCAACGAUGGCGGCCUCGAAAUGGUUAGGGAACUACGGGCACUUAAGGAUCUGACUCUGCGACAAGAUCGUCAAGUAGCAGAAAUCCAGACACAUCUAAAUCAGCAAAAGAACUUCGUCCGAGCCAGUCACCAUCACAACACUCACCCGUGGGGCUAUCCUAGAUGA